AUGCGUUUCUCUACAAUUGUUACUACCACCUCUUUGUUAGGUGCCGCUAUGGCCGCUCCAGCUGUUCAUCAACAUAAGGAAAAGCGUGCUGUUGUUACCACUACCAUUGAAACACACAAAACUGUCACUGUCAAUGCCAUCAACAACAACGUUGUUGCUCCAACUCAAGUAGCUGCCCUUGAUGCCACUGUCGUUGAAGCUGCCCAAAAGGACGCUGUUGCAGAUGUUGCCAGUCCAAAGGCUGCCGCCGCUGUCUCUACUCAAGCUGCUGUCUCUGCCGCAGCUUCCACAGCUUCCACUGCAUCCUCUUCUACUAAGAGUGAUGAUUCCACUGAAAUGGCUGCAUCUGAUGUUAAGGGUGUUACUUACACUCCAUAUAACGCUGAUGGUACAUGUAAAUCCCCUGACCAAGUUGCUUCUGACUUAUCCUCUUUGAAAGAUUUCCCAGUCAUUAGAUUAUACGGUACUGAUUGUAACCAAGUUGAAAACGUUUACAAAGGUAAGACUUCCUCUCAAAAAUUAUUUUUGGGUGUUUACUAUGUUGACCAAAUUCAAGCUAGUGUUGACACUAUCAAAGCUGCUGUUGAAAAAUACGGUUCUUGGGAUGAUGUUGUCACUGUUUCUAUCGGUAACGAAUUAGUUAACAGUAACCAAGCUACUCCAUCUCAAGUUGGUCAAUACGUCGCCACUGGUAGAUCUGCCUUAACCAGCGCUGGUUACACUGGUCCAGUUGUUUCUGUUGAUACUUUCAUUUCUGUCAUUAACAACCCUGAAUUAUGUAAGUAUUCUGAUUACAUGGCUGUUAAUGCCCAUGCUUACUUCGACAAGAACACUGUUGCUCAAGAUUCCGGUGAUUGGUUAUUACAACAAAUCCAAAGAGUGUGGACUGCCUGUGAUGGUGCCAAGGAUGUUGUUAUUACUGAAUCUGGUUGGCCAUCAAAGGGUGAAACUUAUGGUGUUGCUGUCCCAUCUAAGGCUAACCAAGCUGAUGCCGUCAACUCUAUUAAGAAGGUUUGUGGUUCUUCUACUUACUUAUUCACUGCUUUCAAUGAUUAUUGGAAGGCUGACGGUCCAUACGGUGUUGAAAAGUACUUCGGUAUCUUAUCCGACGAAUAG